AGGAAUGGAGUUGGGGUCACCUUCGCCUUCACUGUGCAAGUGAAGGCCGGUUAAUUGAGGCCUUCGGCGUGUCUGCUCAGCUCAAUCAAUCCCGCGCGAUCCCUCAACGCCUCCACCACCGGCGCUAGGGAUCGAUCCUGAUCACGGAUCUCUUCUUCGAUCUCUCCGAGCCCUCAUCCUCCUUCCAUGGAUUCCGCCGCUAGGGCUUCCUCCUCUUCCUUCCCCACCACUUCUUCCGCUUCCGCUGCCGCCCCGCCGCUGCCGCAUCUCCCGACGGCAGCGGUGGCAGCAGUGGCGCCUUCGUCAUCGGCUGCCGCCUCCCUGCAGAACGAGCCGCCGCCUACUGACGGGGCCCAGAGGCUUCGGUUCUCGGUGACCCUCAAGCCCGGGGAGACCACCAUUGUGUCCUGGAAGCGUUUGCUUAAGGAUAACGACAAGGGGCAAAGAUCCCCUCCCGUUGCUGCCCUCGCUGACCGGCCCCUCGCUGCUCAGUCCGGAGAAGUCGAUGCGCCUUCAGCAGCAGAUCCAAAAGAUGCAGUUCCGCCUCCAAACCGCUUUAGCGCAGUUAUAGAGAAGAUUGAACGCCUGUACGUGGGAAACCAAAGUAGUGAUGAAGAACUUGAUGGCAUCCCAGAUGAUGAUCAAUAUGACACGGAGGAUUCAUUUAUAGAUGAUGCUGAAUUGGAUGAGUACUUUCAAGUAGACAAAAUGUCGACAAAACAUAAUGGAUAUUUUGUCAACAAAGGAAAGUUAGAGCAAAUUGAGUCUAGCUUGACACCUAAAGAGGCACCAAAGAAAAGGAGAAGAAAGGAUACGCCCAAGCUGCAUGGCGAUGGUAGUCAUAUCAUAGUUUCUAAUGACCCAGCAAAUGCUGGCAAAGUACGAGCUAAAGAUGCUGCUAGGAGCAGUUCAGUGGCGGGAAGGAAAUUAAAUCAUGCAAAAGUUUAUGCAUCAUAUGGUGAACAUUACAAUGAGGAAGGAAGAUCGUUAAAAUAUCGACCAAAAGCUACUACAACAGUCAGUAAAAGGAAAUCUGUGGAUUUCACCACCACAUCAGAAGAACAAUCAAUCGCAAGACUACCAUAUAAAGACAUUUCAUCUACACCUUCUGGGUUGAAGGAUUUUGAUAAGCAUAAAGCCAAUGUUGGAACUUCUCACAGGUCAAGGGCAAGUGACUUUUUAGACCAAGCACAUCGUGAUAAAGGACAAGUAUAUUUUCAGUCAAAAAAGUUGCUAAAUGGUGGAACUAGGGAGGCAUCCACAAAAGUCAGACAUGCAGAUAGAUACAAUUCUGGUGAUGCUUUUUCUAUGAAUUCCUCUGGGAGUUCAUAUCAUGUACAUUCAGCGCAGAAACCAUUCUCAAGGGUGAAAGAAGGCUCUUCUGUUAGACCUAAAGGUACAACACUUGAACGGGCUAUACGCGAUCUCGAAAUGAUAGUGGCUGAAUGUAGACCACCAACUCUUAUUGUUCGAGAUGCAGAUCCUGCAUUUCAAAGCAUCAAAAGGAGACUUCCCCAGCCUGUAAAACAGAAGCUUGCUAAAGUAGCCCGAUUAUCGGCGAGCCAAGGUAAAAUUUCAGAAGAUGAGUUGGUAGAUCGACUUAUGGGCAUUCUAGGUCACCUAAUGCAGCGCAAGACAUUGAAGAAAAACAUGCGAGCAAUGGUUGAGUUAGGCAAUUCAGCAAAACAGCAGAAAGCCAAUAGAUUCGAACAGAUAAAAAAGGAGGUUAAUGAGAUGGUUAGAGCACGGGUUUCUCAGUUGAAGUCCCAGUUGGCUGAGCAACAAGAAGGUUCAACUAUUGACUUUAGGGAAACCAAUAAUGAUGAAAGAAGAGCCCUGAAAGGAAGUAUGGAUUCUUCACUAGAAGACAAAAUUUGUGAACUCUAUGAUUUGUAUGUUGAGGGAAUGGACGAGGACAAAGGCCCUCAAAGCAGGAAACUCUAUUUAGAGCUUGCAGAAUUGUGGCCAAAUGGUUACAUGGAUAACAUAGGCAUCAAAGAUGCUAUUUACAGAUCGAAAGAAAGGAAAAGAGCACUUUUGCAGCAUAAGGCUCGUGAUGAAGAGAGAAUCAAAAGAAAAAAGUUGGCUUCCGCGAUUAGAGCAGGCGAAUCCAGUCCAGCUUCUCAAUCACGGGGUUCACAAGAGAAGACAUUUCCUGCCAUUGAUACAGCUGCCAAGUACCUCCCAACCACUAAGCUUGUUCCUAAUCAAGUUUUGUGUUCAACCAGCACAGCCGUGGAUGCAACACUACCUUAUACUAAUUCUAUCCAACCUGUAUCGAAAAAUUCUGACAAGGCUAGAAAUGCUGAUGCGAGAACAAACCACGAGGAUGUAAAGAAAAAUUUGAGAAGGAAGAUGGAAUCUGAGUCGAGCGAGACCCGUGUUCAUCCCGAUAAGCUCCUGUCUCAGCAUGCCAUGGAUAAACAAAAGUCUCCUAAGCUUCCUGAUGAAACAAAUGCAAGCAAUCAUCCUAAGCCGAACCCUGAAUCGGCUGGCCCUCCAGGUUCUGACCAGGCAAACUGAUUUCCCAACAAAGAAAGAUUAAAAAUUAAUCAAGGCUCAAGUGAUUUUUUCCCCUUCUUUUUCUAAUUCUAUAUCAUAAUCUUCUCGACCAAUCGUAGUCCCUCUGAAGUAUCAUUUGAUGUGAAUCGCUGACAUGGCUUGACAUUUAGGCUGUCCCUGCGAUUACGAACUGAUCUUUUUACUAGAACAAAUGAGUAUUGCCAUGUCUCUUUCAAUGAAUAUUCUCAAACCGUUUGAGUUUCAUUUACUUUAUUUUUUAAGUUGUA